AUGCCUCAGGGGUGUCCUAGUCCUACGGGUUUCCUGGCUACCUACAAGAAUCCAACCAACCAGGCAAUAAGGGCCAUUAGUGCUGCCACGCUUGACGGCCAAAGUUCAAUCAUUGGACACACACUUGUGGUAACUAGGGGUCCUAGCAACGACGUACUUGGAUGCUGCGUGAUUGGCAUCUCUGAUGGGUUACGAUUUGCUGGCACGCCCAAAUCACAGCCCGUUCGAGAAGCUCCUUUCGGCUUCGGGUCAACUUCUUCACAGCCAGUGAAGAGCAACAGUUUCUUUGAAACGCGCCAUCCAUUCCAAACUCAUGCCGCUCAAAGUUUGCCCUUCAGUUCUCAUGAUGACCCUAAACCUGCGAGUCCUUCCUUCGGGUUUGACAUUUCCUCUCUAGGAAACAUCCAUUCCCAACCAUUUGGAGAUCACCAGUUUGGUGGUGGUUUUGGGUCGAGCAUUGCUGGACCGACCGGGUUGUCUCCCUCAAUUUCCAACCUUAAGAAGCCCCCAACACCGCCAGCCUUCCCUGGGGGAAUCCAUGACACGGAUACCGGUUCCCCCCUGUUCGGACCUAUUGGGGAAGAUGCAAAUAGAGUUAAAAAUACCUUUGGUUUUGAUCUCCAUGACUUCACGUCACUAUCCGAUUCUGAUAAAUUUAUCCCUCGCGAUGGUGAGGAAACAGAAGGCCCUGGGUCUGAUGGAGGAGAUGCUGAUCGUGGUCAGGGAUAUGAUGGUAGAGAUGCUGGUCAAGGUAACGGAGCUCGUGGAAAUUAUGAUGAAGGUGGUGAGAGGCAGAGCGAUUAUGAUGAUGCAAGGGAUGCUCAAAGAUAUAAUCCUGCACGUAACCAAGAUCGUUACGCUGAGGAAAGACCACGUGCUGCUCUUCAUCAAGGCGACAACCAGGGUAUAUCACAAGGGAGUCCUGGUUCAGAUGCUAGGAGCGAUCGCGGACAAGAUGAAGAAUACACUAAUGGUCCUGUUUCACCUCAAGCUGGAAGCUAUCAACCUGAGAAACAAACAGCUGCUCCUUUAGACGAUCUUAUCACUAGAGCUUCGACUGAAUCCGCUGGUAGCAGUGUUAAUGACCCACAGCCUAGCACUCAACAGGUUCCACAACAACCAAAUGAAGCUAGCUAUGCUAGAGCCACACCAGCUCAUCAUGCUGACCAACCAUAUGAAGAAGCUAAUGCCAAUGUCGUUCACGAACCGACACAUCUUGAAAACACACCAGUGCUUCCUCGAUCUCCCAACAAUAACCCAGGCCCAGUGUAUGCAGCAAUUGCUAAGGCUGUCGUUACAAAUGCUGUCUCUCCGCCUGUUCCUCAAACUACCGAUGUAACAGAUGCAACUGAAUCUGUUCCUAAGAACGCCCCCGUUGUAUCAGAUCCGGUUCCGUUGCCAAACCCAACAAUCCCAACUCCUAAUGCACGUGUCAUCACGGCAGACAUUAAUCCUGUUACCCCGUCUAUCAUUACAAAAGCCCCUGUACAAUCAACCGGUUAUCUAAACCCUGUUGGAAGCUCCCAAUCUCAGACUGGAUCCUACGAAGCUUCUCCAUCCACAGUCCACAGGGAUCAACCCACCAAUGACUACUCAUCCGACAGCUUCUCUCACAGAGGACACGCCGAUGCCAGUCCCGUCCCAAAAGGAUCUGAUUCAUCCUACACUGGUCCUCAGCCACAAGCAACUGCACCCCCAAAUGCAUUUGGAAGCAAGUCAGACUUUCACAGUAACCACUUUGACCAUCCCUCAUCGUUUGGUCAUGAUAGAAAUGCCUACGAUGAAGCUCACCCUGACAUCUCUCAAGACGUUGAUGUCCCGAGUCAGGCAUACGCUCCUGUCGAAUCAUCCCUCGACUCCUCUUCCCAUGGAGGUGUCCCUAGGGACAUUUACGAUGUUCCAGCAUCACAGCCCUUCCACGGCUAA